ACACUGCAAUGACGCAUGAUGGCGAAGGAAGAAAUGGUGGAGAACAGCAGGCUGAAGCAUCGAUGAACCGAGAUAAGGUGUUCGGUAGCAGCAGCGCCGCGUGCUGAUGCGGGCCUGAACCUUGCAUGAUUUUAUGUCAUGGGUCACUAGGAAGAGAUGCGCUCAAAGUGCGCAAUACCUCUAACACUAGCAACAAGCACUGAGCCAUGGCAUGCCCCUUCCAUCACUGAAAAAUGUUAAUGCUGAAGUGGCAAGCGGGCUUGAUGAUUCGCUGAUCACCACCAAAGAGAAACUGAUUCAAUUCUCGUGGCUUAGACCAACUCGACGGACGUUCUUACUUGUGCGUCCUUGGGAUCAUCAUCUCCUCGAGCUGCCUGACUUCGCAGAUUCGUACGAUGCAGAAAGCUUGGGAGGUUGGUCUGAGCCCGAGUCCCUUGACGGCUCGCCUGGAGAAGAGGAGUUGACCGAUUCGGAAUCUUACUCGCAGGCAUUGCGAUUGAUCGCUUGCCUCGGACAGCUGUUUGGCGCAUUUUUGCUAACCCAGCAGCGCAGUGGGGUAUACAAGAGGAUCGCAUCGGAUCACGAUAUCAUUGCACAAGUUAAAGAUAUGACAUCUAUGCACGGCACGACGGACAUUAGGACGCUAGAAAUAUUGUAAUUGUGGAAGCCGAUUUUGCAGUUGAACAUUGAACAUUGAACGUUCGAAC